AGGUGGCGACUUUUUUUUUUUUUUUUGCCCCGGGAGUGUAUAUCCUGUCUGCUCUGGGAACGCCUUGGGAUCCCCCAGAAGGAAUGGAAAGUGUCGCUGGGGGGAAGGGUUUGACUCCAGUCUGCUGAUCAGCAGAAGAAGAUUGAUGGUCUUUGCCUAAUAAAGAAAAAUAUUCAUGAGAAAUUAUGUAACUGGAAAAAUAAGCUAAUUUACACACAAUGAUGCAGUCUUGUAAUGUUUUUAAAUCAUUGUUGUUUUGCCUAUGAGGAGAGUAAAUACAGCACUGAAAGCAUUGUUCUCACUCAGUUUUACAUUUCUCCACAGGUUGUAGAAAAUGACAACAGCAAUAGCUUUGCUGCCCUCGGUCGUCCUUUCACCAUGGGGAUGCUCUACGAUGCUCGCAAUGAUGAGCUGAUUCCAGGUCUGACACUGUGGGAUAGUACAAUUCUUGAGACGAAAACAGUUGAAACUCCUCACCCCACCAGUUCCUUUGAAGUCUCUGCAUCUGACUCAAUCGAGUCCAAGUCCUCUUUGAUGGAUAUCAAUGCUUCUCUGGAGGCCAGCUUUAUGGGCGGACUGAUCAAAGUGGGAGGGUCUGCCCAUUAUCUGAACGAUAGAAAGCAAUUCAAGAAUCAGAGCCGGGUGACCUGUCAGUACAAUGUUACCACCUGCUUCAAACAGCUGUCUCUGGCUGACUUGAGGACCAUGAAUAAAGAGCAGACAGAACUUAUCAAGAAGGGCCUUGCAACACACGUUGUAACAGGCAUCCUCUACGGGGCAAACAGUUUUUUUGUGUUUGACAGUGAGAAGCUUGACAGCAGCACCAAACAGGAGAUCCAGGGCAAGAUGGAAGCUGUGAUAAAGAUGAUACCCGGUAUCAAGUUUGGAGGGGAGGCUGGUGUCAAGUUGACAAAUGAAGAAAAGAAACUGACUGAUACAUUCUCCUGCAAAUUCUAUGGUGACCUGGUUCUUGAACGCAACCCUACAACAUUUGUAGAGGCAGUGAAUACAUAUGCAGAACUUCCAAAGCUGAUAGGACCAAACGGAAAGAACUGUGUUCCUCAGAGGGUCUGGCUGUUGCCACUGAAGAAUCUGGAGUCCAGUGCUGUCCAGCUGCAGUGUGAGAUCAGUCAGGAACUCUUGAGGGAGAUGCAGGAUGCCCUGGAAGAUUUGACACAAGUAGGAAUGAGGGUUAAUGAGGCUCUGGAUGAUGAAGAUGUGAAGCGCUUCCCACCAAUUCAAGAGAAGUUACACCGUUUCCAAAAACUGAGUGACUUGUAUGCGUCUAACAUCAAGAGGAUGGUUGCAGAGAAACUGCCCCUCAUACGUGGAGGUGAAGAAGAUGAGAAAUCAAUAAAGCAAAUGUUUGAAGACAGAGCAAAGUCCCCCUUCAGUCAUGAACGUCUCAGCAAGUGGAUGGACGGUAAAGAGAGAGAAAUCAAUGUCAUCAAGUCCUGCUUGGCCCUAAUGAAGGGAGCCAAACCAGAGAUCCAAGUCGUCCCAAAUCAAUCUGCUGUAGAAAGAGCGGUUAUCAAGGCUGGUAGUCAGGAGGCCCUGUGUUAUGUUUUCACAUCCCUGCACAGCCCUGACCCUGGCCUUGAAGCAAUGACCGACUUCUUGGAUUCAGCUGAAAAAGAAAAUGCAGAAGAGGACCCCUGGUACUAUUCAGAAACAGUUGUUAGAAGGAUGAGGAGUAUGGCCAGGUUUUUUAAGAGUGUGCAGUUUCCUCACAACUUCAGCAUCCUUCUGAUAACAGCUAUAGCAGAUGAGAAUCACAAAGGAGCAACCAUCUACAGGCUCAAAGCAGGCAUCCUGAAACCAGAGCCUGAAAAGCUUGAUGUGGAUGGUGUGAAGAACAGAGGAGACUUCGCCAUGUCCUUCACUGAUCUCACCCUGGACCCAGACACAGCAAACAAGAAUCUUACUGUGGACCAGCAGGAAGGAUGGAAGGCAACAUAUGGACCAGCUCAGACAUAUCGUGACCUGCCUCAGAGAUUCAAUCAUCUUCCUCAGAUUUUGUGUAAGGAGGGGCUGACUGGGUGCUGUUACUGGGAGGUGCACAUGACCCUUAGUAAAGAAAUCCUUUUAGUAGGUGUUUGCUACAAAGGGAUGCCCAGGAAAGGGAAAGGAGAUGAUGCCAAGCUUGGUGCGAACACCAUGUCCUGGUGUUUGGGAUUCAAAUCCACCAAAUCAGGAGCUGAAGUCACUGCACACCACAAUAAGAAGCAGAAAAAGCUCAGUGAAGUCCCUAAACUCAAACAGGUGGGGGUGUAUCUCGACUUCGCUGCUGGCACUCUGUCUUUUUAUGGGUUGUUAGACUCAGAAGUCCGUCACCUGCACACCUUUAGUGCCACUUUCUCAGAGGCAGUUUACCCCGCCUUUUUUCUUCCGGAGAAACCCUGUCAAGAAGGCCACGACCACACAGAAGUUGCUCUCACUCUGGCUCGCUCUUUAAUCCUGGUGCAAAAACAUCAGUACACACACAUCAGUACUGCAUCGUGCAUCUGCAUGGGUUCAUAUCUGUACAACACAAACAAAAGAAUCACCGUGUGUAACGCAGGGAUGAUGGCCAUGAGCAAGGCAGCCGACAAGAGGCGGGAAGAGAAAGUCCGUAAUGAGGCUCGGGCCGUGUAUGGAGGUUAUAGCUGCAGCGGAGGUGUCAGCGCCGGAGCGUCUCCUCGAGCAGUUGGCAGCCUGGCCGUGCACGAGCUGCGGAGGGAAGGCUGGCACAGGGAACUGGACACGCUGAUCCAGCAGUGGAAACUUCUGCUCGUCAAGGAUGUCUAUCUUGGGCUUCAGGGCUUGAAACUUGUUCUCCAGGUGGCGAGGCUCCAGUGCAAGGCAAGAAGGUGUGCGUUUGCUCCACAGCUUACCUCCUUUUACCAGCGACCAUGGCUCAGGUGUUGA